GCAAGUCUAUCGAGGUAGUAGAAAUUCGGUUUACCCAACACCGAUGCCGAACAAUUCGUGAAAACGUGAACUGAGUUAAAUAACUUUAUUUUGCUGAAAUUUUAACUUUUACGUGAUUUUUAUGUUUUCAAUUAAAAAACAAUUGAUCUUCUGAUAGAUCUAUUACGAUUUAUUAACUUCAAAUUUUAAGUUAAUUCUUUUAUCCUAAUACAUUUUGAUUCUAGAACUAUUAUUUUUAUAAACAUUGGAUCGUCAUAUUUGUGUUAACAUUUAAAUUGAAUUGUUGUAAUUUUUAAACCAAUUCGAUAGUUUUUUUACUGCUGGUGCCGUUCAAGUGACAAUAUGGGAAAGAAAAGUUCAAAAGUUAAGAAUUUAUCUAAGUCUAAGACAAAAUUGCAAAAACAAAAAAUCAAAUCUCAUAAAAAAAAUAAAAGUAUUUCCAAACUUAAACAUAAGUCAAAGCAAAUUUCUGAGAGUCAAGAUAUUCCUUAUAAACCAGAAGCACCUCUUACCAAUUACUUAAAUUACAAAUCAAAUUAUUUUGCUGUUAGGUACAUAUUUGAAUGUGGAAUUAAAUUGGGUCUAAAACAUCUAACCAUAUGUUCUGCUGCUGUAUAUUUUCACAAAUUUUAUAAGUACGCUGAGAAAACAGCAUAUGACAAUUAUUCUAUUGCCAGUGCUACAUUAUAUUUGGCCAGUAAAUUACAAGAUGAAGCCAUCAAGCUCCGAGAUUUGAUUAAUGUGUCUUAUCAUACAUUGCACAGAAAUGCAUCUCCAUUACCAUUAGCAGAAGAUUAUUGGUAUUUCAGAGAUUCAAUUGUUCAAGCUGAAAUGCUUAUUAUACGUUUAUUACAGUUUGAUACCACAUUUAAUCAUCCUCACCAUUACUUUUUGCAUUAUGUUCAAACUCUUAGACCACUCUUUUAUUCAAAACAUGAGAAAGACAUGGUUAUGUUCAAGCAAGCUUAUAAUUUUUUACAUGAUUUCUACCAUAAUAGUGAUUUACUUCUCUAUAAACCACAGCACAUUGCUAUUGCAUGUUUGGAGUUAGCAAUCAAAGUUUAUGGAAUGCCCUGUCCUAUUAUUGAUCAUGAUAAGCAACCUUGGUAUCAAGCAUUAAUUGAUGAUUUGGAUAAGGACAAAUUAUGGAGUGUAAUGGUUUCAAUUAUGGACACUUAUGAUCUCCAAGUAUGCACUGAUUGAAAUCAUAAUAUUAUUAAAUGUAUUUCAUGUUUGUAAAUUGUUUUAAUAUUAUUAAUAAUUCUUAUAAGAAAAAUAAAUAAAGAUUAUAAAAAAUUUCGACAAAACAGUUGUUUAAUCCUACCCAUUUAUAAAACUUAUGUAAAAUCAUACUUUAAAAUAAAUUAAUAAACUUAAUAUAUUAAGAACCA